UGCAUUUUUUUUCAAAAAAGGGAAGAAAGUUAGAAGCAGUUAACACUCUUCUUCAGAAACUGUCUACUGAUUUUAUCUUCCCUCACCAAAAACUGAAUACUUCUGCUCCUCCAUACACAUUUCAAACGUUCACCACAGCAAGUAUGUUUGAACUUGAUCAUUUUCAAGAUUCACCAUUUUCUCUUCUUCAUUAUUUGUAUUCCCACUUGUCAUUUUUGUGGCAUGUUUGUGUUCAUUGCUGUGUGCUUUUUUUCCAAUGUUGCAGAGAAGCAAUGGCAAAAGAAAACCAAAACCAAAACCAAAACCAGAACCAGAACCAGAACCAGAACCAGAACCAGAACCAGAACCAGAAAAAGCAACAACAACAACGAAAAGAGGAUUUUUCUCUGAAGGAGACAACUCCUAACAUCAGUGCUGGAAGGGUGAUCAGUGGUGACAGGCUUCCCACAGCAUUUGAUCUUGUUGAGAAAAUGCAGUUUCUGUUUGCAAGGGUUAUGAGGGGAAAAGACUUACCAGAAACUGGUGAUUCUGAAACUUGUGAUCCUUAUGUGGAAGUGAAAGUUGGAACCUUUGUGGGGAAAACAAGGUCCUUUGAGAACACAAAGAACCCAGAAUGGAACCAGGUAUUUGCUUUUUCCAAGGACAGGAUUCAGGAGCAGGUUUUGGAGAUUAUAGUGAAGGACAACAAGGGUGAUGCUGAGCCUGAUCAUCAGUUUCUCGGCCGCAUAGAUUUCACCAUUUCUGAUGUUCCUAUGAGGGUUCCUCCUGACAGCCCUUUAGCACCACAAUGGUACAAGCUUGAGGAUCAAAAGGGGGUGAAGCUUGUUACUGGAGAGUUGAUGGUGUCUGUUUGGAUGGGAACUCAAGCAGAUGAGGGUUUCCCUGAUGCUUGGCAUUCAGAUGCUGCAGCUGGUGGUGAAAUUGAAAACAUUGCUUACACGCGUUCGAAGGUGUACCUUUCUCCUAGGCUUUGGUAUCUCAGGGUUAAUGUGAUUCAGGCUCAGGAUUUGAUACUGAAAGGCAAGGGUGGCAACAACAACAACAACAACAACAACAAUAACAACAACAACAACAACAACAACAAUAACAGCAACAACAACAAUAACAACUCAGAAAUUUUCAUCCAAGGUAUUCUGGGGAACUUGGCUCUGAGAAGCAAGCCCAUUAAAAUGAACACAAACACAAACAACCCCUUAUGGAAUGAGGAUUUGAUGUUUGUUGCAGCAGAGCCCUUUGAUGAACCUUUACUUAUAAGCAUUGAGAAGGGUCAGGGAAACUCCAACAAGCAUGAAAUGUUGGGAUGUUGUUUGAUUCCUUUGAAGAAUGUGGAGAAAAGAACAGAUACAACUCCACCACCUAGUGUGUGGUACAAUAUUGAGAAGCCCAAGGAGGAAAAUGAGGAAGCUAAAGAGGAGGAUAAAUUUAAACUUGCUGGUAGAAUCAAUUUGAGAAUCUCUUUGGAUGGAGGCUACCAUGUUCUUGAUGAGGCCACACACUAUGCCAGUGAUCUCAGGCCAUCAUCUAAGCAAUUGAGCACACCUAGCAUUGGUGUGCUGGAAUUGGGAAUCCUUAACGCGGUGGGCCUCUCUCCAAAUAAGAAGGACAAUCGUACCGACGCAUAUUGUGUUGCUAAGUAUGGUCCCAAAUGGGUGAGGACAAGGACUAUUGUUAAUAGUCUUUCUCCAAAGUGGAAUGAGCAGUACACUUGGGAGGUUUAUGAUCCUUGCACUGUCAUCACAGUUGUUGUGUUUGAUAAUGGCCACUUACAACAUGGAGGGAAUAAAGCUGAAGGAAACUUACAACAACAAGGAGGGAAAAAUGCUCAAGAACCAAUGGAUAAGAGAAUUGGAAAGGUAAGGAUUAGGCUCUCCACACUUGAAAGUGGUAGGAUCUACACUCACUCUUACCCUCUCAUAAACGUGCACAACCAAGGAGUGAGGAAAGUGGGGGAAAUUCAAUUGGCUGUGAGAUUUUCUUGUCCAUCUUUGCUGAAUGUUUUGCAAACCUAUGCUCAACCUUUGCUCCCAAAAAUGCACUACAUUUCCCCAUUGUCUAUUUAUCAGCUUGAAAGUUUGAGGAACCAAGCUGCUGCGGUCACCAUAAUGAGGUUCAGGAGGGCUGAGCCACCACUCAGCAAAGAGGUUGUGGAGUACAUGCUAGAUGUGAGGGCAAAUGUGUGGAGCAUGAGAAGAGGAAGAGCUCAAUUUUACAGGAUUGCAAGCCUUCUAAGUGGCUUAGUCUAUGUUGGUAAAUUUUUUGAUGAGAUAUGUGGUUGGAAUAACAAAUUUAAAACAAUCACUAGUUACUUGAUCUUCCUCAUUGUCAUUUUCUACCCGGGAUUAGUCUUGCCAUUUACGUUUUGUAUCCUUCUGUUGCUUGGGAUUUGGCGCUAUAGAACAAGGCCAAGACAUCCUUCUCACAUGGACAUGAGAUUGUCUCAGGCUGACACAGUUACUAAUGAGGAAUUAGAAGAGGAGUUUGACCCUUUUCCUUCUAAAUUCAAUGGUGAUAAUCUGAGGAAGAGGUAUGAUCGGUUGCGUGGCAUUCUAGGGAGGGUGCUGGAAGUGAUGGGGGACUUGGCAACUCAAGGAGAGAGGUUUCAGUCCCUUCUCAGCUGGAGGGAUCCAAGGGCAACUUCUCUGUUUGUGAUUUUCUGUUUGGUUUCUGCCAUUGUGACUUAUUUCAUUCCUUUUCGUGUUCUGAUCUCCAUCGCGGUCUCUUACUUGUUGAGGCCUCCGAGGCUCCGGUUUGGUAAGCUUCCUGCAGUUCCUCAACACUUCCUCAGGAGGAUGCCUGCUAAGUCAGAUGGCAUGAUAUGAGUUGGUUUGUCUUUGCUUAUUGAAUUUCCUUUGGAAAAUCUGUUUGGUUUCUUCUACAUUUUGUUUCACUGCAGAUUAUAUUUAUCUUGUGAUUUACUUUGAAUUUUUCAGCAAUGACAUUGUA